AUGGCCGCCCCAGGUCCAACUCCAGAGCAGAUUGCGAUGAUGCAGCAGCAGAUGGCUGCGGAAGCGCAGAGACGAGGAAUGACAGUCGAGGAAUUUGGCAAGAUGCAGCGAGAGCAGAUCGCGGCAGAGGCUGCUAGGCAAGGUCUUACUACUGAGCAGUUCAUUCACCGGCUGAAGGCUCAAGCCUUGAGGCAACACCAGAUGCAGCAGCAGCAGCAGCAGCAGCAGCAAGAAGAGGGCCAGCAGGGACAACAGCAGCCUCAGCAUCAGCACCAACAACACCAGCAUCCUCAGCAGCAACAGCAACAGCAACAAGUGCCUGUGAACUCCGCAGCGCCACCGGACCCAAGAGGUAUCGCUGUGGCGCAAUUUCUGAAGGCACAGAACCUGAAGCCUAGAGUCUGUAUCUUGGAUGGACGAAGAAAGGAGCUGUUCAAAGUUAAACGAGCAUUGCGGGCACUCCAAUCUCCCGCCUAUGCUAAAGCGUCCGCUAAGCCUAAAUCCAACCUGCCACCUGUCACCGAUCUAGCUUCCGCCGAAAACGCAUUCAGACUUCUACCAAUGUCUCUCCUUGCCUUGAAGGUCUCCAAGAUCGAUCCCCAUGAAGGAUAUAACCACGCUAAACCGCCGUCCAAGAAGGGUAGGGUCAAGGGCCUCUGGACUGUCCGCAUACAACAACACCAAGAUACGAAUCCCAUGUCGCACUACGUCUGGCUAUAUGAAGGACCUCAAUGGAAACAGAAGGCAAUGGCAGCCGGAGUCCUGGCUGCUAUCAUGGCCGUUGUCAUGUUCCCAUUGUGGCCUGUCAUGCUUAGACAGGGUGUCUGGUAUCUCAGUGUUGGCAUGAUGGGACUACUCUGCUUGUUCUUUGCCAUGGCAAUCUUCCGCCUCAUACUCUUCGCGGUCACCUUCUUCGUCGCUUCACCCGGUCUAUGGCUCUUCCCGAAUCUAUUUGAGGAUGUUGGCUUCUUCGAGAGCUUCGUACCUGUAUGGGGAUGGCAAGAGACCAAGAAAAAGAAGAGAUCCAAGAAAACAGAUGGUUCAACGUCGAAGUCUUCCAAAUCCAAGCCGUCUAAGUCCACAACUGCCCCUGCUCCGAGUGCCACCGAGAAGGCCCCUGCCACAGCCAACCCGCCCGCGCCCGCCGCUCCGGCAGAGCAGGCCAAACCCGAGCAUUCACCCGCCAGACCUGCAUUCGCUGCCAGUGUAGAAGACGCUGAGGAAGAGUAA